AUGGAGACUUCCCCACUCGUGAUGCUCACUCUCCUACUGGCCUGCUGGUUUCCCCCGGCCAAGGCAGUGCCAUCCCUACAAGAACAAGCUGGAGCGCUCCUUGCCUGGAAAGCCACACUCCAAAGCCAGCCAGCCCAGCUGCAAUCCUGGAAAACGGGAAACACUACUACUACCUGGCCCUGCAACUGGUACGGCAUCAAGUGCAGCAAGCAUCAAGCAUGGCACCAAGAGGUGGUGAUCACCAAGAUCUCUCUACGAGGGCUGCGGCUCAAAGGGGAGCUCGACGCCCUCAACUUCACGGCGUUGGCAACUCUGACGAGCAUCCAGCUCUCUCACAACAGGCUCACCGGGAGAAUCCCUCCAAGCAUUGUGUCGCUCAGAGAGCUCCGCUUCCUGCUUCUUCAACGCAAUCAGAUAAGGGGCUCUUUAUCACCUGCUUUAGCAUCCUUGACACAACUGCGCUGCUUGAUGCUCCAGCAGAAUCAACUCUCCGGUGAAAUACCAAGGCAAAUAGUACAACUUGAGGGUCUUGUGACGCUCAACUUGUCUGCCAAUCACUUUUCCGGUCCCAUCCCUAGUGAACUAGGCUACCAAAAGAAGCUUCUUAGGUUAGAUUUUUCCAUCAACAACCUCACAGGCCCCAUUCCAAGAAAUUUAGGGAAUAUUACAAAACUCACUAUCUUGUACCUUUACAGUAAUCAAUUAUCUGGAUAUCUUCCUCUGGAAUUAGGUUACCUUGUGAAUUUAGAAGAGUUGGAUCUUAGCGAUAACGAGCUGAUGGGUUCCAUCCCCAAUUCCUUUGGGAGUUUGAUUAAACUCACUGGCUUGGCCCUGUGGGAUAACCAACUGUCUGGAUGUAUUCCUCAAGAACUAGGUUACCUGGCUAAUCUAAAACUGUUGUAUCUUAACAACAACAAACUCACUGGUUCCAUCCCCAAUACCUUUGAUAAUUUGACAAAGCUCACUUCGCUCUACCUUCAUGGUAAUAAAUUCUCAGGGUAUCUUCCCCGAGAAGUAGGUUACCUAGUGAACCUAAUAAAGUUGAAUCUCAGCUCCAACUUUUUCAUGGGCUCCAUCCUUGAUAUCUUUGGGAGAUUGAUUAACCUCACUGGCUUGUACAUGUGGAAUAACCAACUUUCUGGACGUAUUCCGCGAGAACUAGGUUACCUGGUGAAUCUAAAAGAGUUAGAUCUUACCAGCAACAAACUCAUGGGUUCCAUCCCCAAUACCUUUGGAAAUUUGACUAAACUCACUGGCCUGUACCUUAGUUAUAAUCAACUCAUGGGUUCCAUCCCCAAUAUAUUUGGAAACUUGUCUAAGCUCGCUAUCUUACACCUUGAUGACAAUCAUUUUUCCGGACAUGUUCCACAAGAAAUUGGCACCUUAAUGGAUCUUGAGGAUUUGGAGUUGGACAGUAACAAUCUCUCGGGUCCCUUGCCACCAGAGUUGUGUGUUGGAGGCCAUCUCAAGUAUUUAAUUGCAUUUGAUAACUACCUCAAUGGACCUCUGCCAUCAAGUUUAGUACACUGCACAAGCCUAGUUAGAGUACGUCUAGAAAAUAAUCAAAUUGAAGGAGAUAUUUCUGAGUUGGGAGUUCAUCCAAAUCUUCUAUAUAUGGAUAUGAGCUUGAAUAAACUAUUUGGGCAAUUAUCAUCUCGGUGGAUGGAAAGCCGUAAUCUUACCAUGCUACGACUCUCAAACAACAACAUCAGGGGGACAAUACCCAUAAGUAUGGGGCAACUACCUCAGCUAGGGCUACUUGAUAUUUCAUCAAACAAGCUCGAAGGAAAGAUUCCAAGUGAACUGGGCAAUCUAAAAAAAUUGUUCAAUUUGAGCCUCACGGAGAAUUUUCUCCAUGGAAGCAUACCACAAGAAAUUGGAGCACUGUCCAGUCUGGAGUUGUUGGAUUUGUCAUCAAACAACCUAAGUGGUUUGGUACAUGAAUCAAUUGGGAAUUGUUUAAAGCUUCGCUCACUAAAUCUGAGCAGAAAUAACUUCAAAGGAAACAUCCCUGCCAUGCUUGGGGUGUUGCACAACUUACAAUACAUGUUGGAUUUAAGUGUUAAUUCAUUUUCUGGGGCAAUACCAAGCCAACUUAGUGGUCUGAUCAUGCUAGAUACUUUGAACCUUUCCCACAAUGAACUUAAUGGCUCCAUCCCGCAAUCAUUCCAGAGUAUGGAAAGCUUGAUAUCCAUCGAUGUAUCUUACAAUGAGUUGGAAGGACCAGUCCCAGAGAGUAAGAUUUUCCAUGGAGCUCCAAUCAAGUGGUUCAUGCAUAAUAAGAUGCUAUGUGGUGUAGUGAAAGGAUUGCCCCCUUGUAGUAGUGCAACAAAGAGUGAAGGGAAAAAUAAUGGAUACAGAACACUUGUAGUAGUCAUGGUUCUUGCUCUGGUAUUGCUUGUUCUUGUAGCAUCCAUAUUUAUGUUCCAACAUGAAAGGAAAAAAUCCAAGCCAAUUAACACCGAUAAAGUAACACAAGAAAAGCUCUUCUCUAUUUGGAGUUUUGAUGGGGAAAACAUGUUCAAGAAAAUCACUGAAGCAACCGACAACUUUAGUGAGCUACACUGCAUAGGAACGGGAGGAUAUGGAUCUGUCUACAAAGCUAGACUUGGAACAUGUGAAAUAUAUGCUGUGAAGAAGAUACACAUGGUAGAAGAUGAGUGUUGCGUGAACGAGUCAGUGUUCAACCGGGAAGUCGAGGCACUGGUGCAGAUUCGGCAUCGAAACAUCGUAAAACUGUUUGGGUAUUGUUCCUCCAACCAAGGCAGAUUUCUUAUCUACGAAUACAUGGAGAGAGGAAACUUGGCAGAAAUACUGAAGGCCAAUGAAACGGCAAUCGAGUUGAACUGGAAAAGGCGGAUAUAUAUUGUGUUGGACGUGGUUCAUGCUUUGGCAUACAUGCAUCAUGAUUGUUCGUCACCUAUAGUCCACCGAGAUAUAACAAGCAGAAAUAUUUUGCUUGAUCAGGAGUUUAGAGCUUGUGUCUCUGAUUUUGGUACGGCUAAAAUUCUCAAUGUUAAUGGCCUCAAUCUCACAAAGCUUGCUGGGACAAAAGGCUAUCUUGCCCCAGAGCUAGCAUACACAGAGAAUGUGACGGAGAUGUGCGAUGUAUACAGCUUCGGAGUGCUGGUUCUCGAGCUAUUUAUGGGUUUAUAUCCAGGCGAUUUGCUCUCGUCAAUCUACUUGAUGACCAACAAAAAUGGUGUGUGUCUGAAAGAUCUGCUGGACUCCAGGCUCAUGCUCCCGGACGCUGAAACUGCUAGGGAAAUGCACGGCGUGCUCAGCGUUGCAUUUCAGUGCCUGGAGCCUAACCCAUUACGCAGACCAACGGCGAGACGUGCAAGUGAUCAGUUAUCUGCUGGGACUAAGACAUGUGAAGAUCAACGUUUUGAUUAUCUGCAUGUUGUCUUCACUAUUCCUGCCCAGUAA